CGGUUGGUAGACAGUCUGCUGACGGCGGGGGGAGAGGAGCCGAGGUCAAACCUGCGGUGCGGCUGCUUUCUAGUACUUUCUCUUGAAAAAAACAGACCGAUAGACAUUCGUAGGUUUUUCUAAGAGAGAGUUGGAGCGGUUUUAUUCGGGGUUUCUCUUCAUUCUCUCGUCCGCCGUCUAUCGAGGCUUGCUCUGCGCAGGCAGACGGAAAUACCUUGAAAAUGCCUCCCAUCGAAAAUGACACCGGGAAGAAUGAACUCAAAUCUCGGAUACAGCAGCUUAUUGACUCCAACCAAGUGAUGGUGUUCAGUAAAAGCUACUGUCCGUAUUGUGUGAAGGUGAAAGACCUGUUCAAAGAGCUGAAAGUCGAAUGUAAUGUGAUGGAGUUGGAUCUCAUAGAGGAUGGGACCAACUACCAGGACAUGCUGCUGGAGAUGACAGGACAGAAAACUGUUCCUAACGUCUUCAUCAACAAGACGCACCUUGGCGGUUGUGACAAAACAAUGCAGGCUCACAAAGAUGGCAGCCUGCAGCAACUACUGAGCGGAGAAAGUGAAACUUACGACUACGACCUGAUCGUUAUCGGAGGAGGAUCUGGAGGCCUGGCCUGCUCAAAGGAAGCUGCUAUGUUGGGGAAGAAGGUCAUGGUACUGGACUAUGUUGUGCCCACACCAAAGGGAACCACCUGGGGUCUCGGGGGAACUUGCGUGAACGUGGGUUGUAUUCCCAAGAAGCUGAUGCACCAGACAGCGAUGCUCGGGACCGCCAUGCAGGACGCACGCAAGUUCGGCUGGGAGUUCGAAGAGACAGUUAAGCACAACUGGGACACGAUGAAGACGGCGGUGAACAACUACAUCGGCUCGCUGAACUGGGGCUACAGGGUGGCGCUGAGAGACAAGAAUGUCACCUAUGUCAACGCCUAUGCAGAGUUCAUCGAACCGCACAAAAUCAAGGCAGUAAACAAACGAGGGAAGGAGACAUUUUACACAGGAGCUACGUUUGUCUUAGCCACAGGCGAGAGGCCGCGCUACCUGGGCAUCCCUGGAGACAAGGAGUACUGUAUCACAAGUGACGACCUCUUCUCGUUGCCUCACUGCCCGGGAAAGACACUGGUGAUCGGGGCGUCGUACGUGGCUCUGGAGUGCGGUGGUUUCCUGGCCGGCCUGGGUCUCGAUGUCACCAUCAUGGUCCGGUCCAUCCUGCUGAGGGGCUUCGACCAGGACAUGGCCAACCGCGCCGGAGAGCACAUGGAGGAGCACGGUGUCAAGUUCCUCCGCAAAUAUGUCCCUACAAAGAUAGAGGAGCUGGAAGCGGGCACUCCUGGCAGGCUGAAGGUGACAGCCAAGUCCACAGAAACCGAUGAGAUCAUCGAGGGAGAGUACAACACUGUGUUGAUAGCAGUCGGCCGAGAUGCAUGCACAGACAAAAUUGGCCUGGCCAAGACCGGGGUCAAAGUCAACUCUAAGAAUGGAAAAAUUCCAGUGAACGAUGAAGAGCAGACUAGCGUGCCCCACAUCUACGCCAUCGGAGACAUCCUGGAAGGCAAGUGGGAGCUGACACCUGUAGCCAUCCAGGCAGGCAAGCUGCUGGCACGACGCCUGUACGGGGGCUCAACAGUCAAGUGCGACUACGUCAACGUCCCCACCACCGUCUUCACCCCGCUGGAGUACGGCUCCUGCGGUCUGUCAGAAGAGAGAGCCACUGAGCUCUACGGGCAGGAAAACCUCGAGGUGUUCCACAGUCUGUUCUGGCCUCUGGAGUUCACUGUGCCCGGCAGAGACAACAACAGAUGCUAUGCUAAAAUCAUCUGCAACAAACUGGCCAACGAUCGAGUCAUCGGGUUCCACUACCUGGGGCCAAAUGCCGGAGAGGUGACGCAGGGCUUCGGUGCAGCCAUGAAGUGUGGCGUCACCAAGGAGCAGCUGGACGGAACCAUCGGCAUCCACCCGACCUGUGCUGAGAUCUUCACCACUUUGGAGGUGACCAAGAGCUCUGGUGGAGACAUCACCCAGGCCGGCUGCUGAGGUUAAACCCUGCUCGUUUAGCGGGCUGCUUUCAUAUUAGACUCUCCUACCAACUCCUCUCAUCUCAGUUCAACCUGUAAGCCUCACCUCCAGCUGCUCCGUUUACAGAGCAGCUGUUUCUCAGGACAAACCUAACACCGCGGCCAGUUGUCUGAACGAGUGAAAGCACUCAUUAAGGCUCGCUGGGAGCUUAGAGGUGACUGAGAGAAGCCAGAGCCGAGGAUGUGCGAGCUCCGGCUGAGGUCGUUUUGAUAUGAGAGCAGCCUGCUGAACAGCGGGGUUACUCUGCUGAUGUUUCUACUGGACUCCACCAGCGUGUCCUUCUCAGAGGAGCACCGACACACACACUGCUGCUGAGUACGUGCGUGUGUUUUUGCUGUUUGUGACGUCCUGGCCCGUAACCUUAAAUACUGAGGUGGGCAAGGAUCGAUGUCCCUCUGCAGAAGCGCCUGAUGGCGGCCUAAACCCUUCGUCCAACUCAUGACUUCAAACACUUCUCAUUCAGCCCCUGCAUACAGACGGCAGACACACAAAGUGACUUUAGUAAGACAGAUUUUUAAAGCGGCGCACAAUUAAGGUUUGAAUGGAUGCACGGCUCUGAAUUUAUUACUCAAUCUGGUCUGUUUGUGUGUGUAGAUUAAAUGUUGUCAUCGUCUCUUCUGUUGAGCUUUCAUCAUUCCACAGAGAUUCCUCUUCCAGGUCUUUCAGGUGAAACUGAGUUACAUAUAGUUGUCAAUACUCGUCUUUGCCGUGUGGAGGCUUUCUCCGCCUUAAAGAGAACUCCCUUUAUCUCUACCAAAGUGUUUAAAGUCUGCAGAGAGAUCAAACGCCGCAAAAUCUACACCUUUGAAACCUCGUGGUGCCGCAUCACAACACCUUCAGGCUAAAUUGAAUGGAAAAAAACAACAACUUGGAUUGUACUGAAAAGAUAUGUUUAAAGAAAACAAACAUUUUCACAAGUUUAUACUAAAUUAAUUUAAUGCUUGUUUGUCGCUUCUUGCUGUUGCCUCUGCUUUAUGUGUAUGUAAAAGAUAUAUUCAGUCUUCUAGAUGACAGCGUUGUGACUGCUGUCAGCGAGUGACAUUGGUCAUCUGUAUAAAUGACUUGUUCGUUGGUGUCAAACCACUGUAGAUUACUUCUCUCUCAAGAUUUAAUAAAGGAUGAAUUCAACUUCA